AUGGAGGGAGCGGGAUCACCCCGUGAGGGGGGCCAGGUGUCCCCGUCCCCCAUCCUGGGGCUGUGGCACCAGGCUCCCCCUGCCAAGAAGAUGAAGAAAGCCGUCCUCUUCUUCGAGGUGGAGAUCCUGGACGCCCGGACACGGGAGAAGCUCUGCUUCCUCGAUAAGGUGGAGCCCCAUGCCACCAUCGCUGAGAUCAAGAGUCUCUUCACCAAGGCCCAUCCCCAGUGGUACCCGGCCAGACAGUCCCUGCGCCUGGACCCCAAGGGCAGGUCCCUGAAGGACGAGGACGUGCUGCAGAGCCUGCCCGUGGGCACCACCGCCACCUUCUACUUCCGUGAUCUGGGGGCCCAGAUCAGCUGGGUGACGGUCUUCCUGACGGAGUACGCAGGGCCGCUGCUCAUCUACCUGCUCUUCUACUUCC